AGUGUUUUGAAGCAUCAUUUCAAUAUGGCAGGCAGCAGCACCAUUCACACGGAGCGCUUGGACGAGAAUGCUGCAGUUGCCAGUUCCGUUGAUGUAGCUACAGACUUGUCGUCGCGAUCGUUGAUAUCUUGUGCGAUCGAAGUGCUGACGACGAGCUGCGCCUUUGCCAAAGCCUCGAAAACUCAUGCGUUUGCAACUGCGUGGCAGUCGGGCGAGAUGACCGUCAUCAUGGGGCCUCUCGACGACCUCGGCAGCGUUCCAGAUGCGCCGUCCCGUCCAGACUAUGUGCGCAUUGUGGGCAAGAAGGAAAAAGUAAAGCAGGGCAACCGGAAAGCCUUCGCCCACAGCGUGGCCCACGCAGAAAGCUACGCGAUCGACUUGAUGUGGGACAUGAUCUGCCGGUUUGGCCCGUCCAACGACAUGCCUCGAUCUUUUUACGACGACUUUGUUCGGAUUGCGUUAGAAGAGUCGCAGCACUUCACGAGCUGGGCCACGCGGUUACUUGAUUUUGACUCGUUCUACGGCGACUUGCCCGGUCACGAUGGGCUCUGGGACAGCGCCGCGGACACGGCAGACGACGUCCUCGCCCGCCUGGCGCUCGUGCAUCUCGUGCACGAAGCGCGGGGACUCGACACGUAUCCGAUGGCUGUGGCUCGAUUCACCAAGUGCCGCGACGACACGACUUUGACGUUUAUGGCCAAGAACCACGCUGAAGAAGUCACCCACGUGGAAGCGGGGGUGCGCUGGUUCAGCUACAUAUGUGCAUUGAAAGACCAGCCAGUGCUGCCGACGUUUCACAGACUCGUGCGAACGCAUUACAGAGGACACCUCCUGCCCCCGUUCAAUACACCAGCGCGAGAUCGAGCUGGCAUGACCGAAGCAUGGUACCUACCACUGACCACCGAGACUCCUUUCGACGACGCACAAACACAAGGGUUGUUGCAAUCGUAGUUGGGGUACUUAUCAGCGUGUUAUUGGCAGUCGUACAUUUCAUGGUGAACAAUCCAAGAUUGUCGUACACAGUGGCAUCCGACAUCAAACCGACAAAUUUGGAGCCGAUAAUUGGAUAACCGACAACUUUUUGAAUUUUGAUUGGUCAGAUAUUUUAUAGGCAAUCUGAUUGGGCGAUGUAGUUGUCGGUUGAGCAUAAUA